AUGGAAGCCCCGAAUCAAAUAUCAAGGCGCCCUGUUCCCAGUGCAUCUGCUUGUCGUGAUAGCGAUUCAAAUUUGUGUAACGCUUUAUUCCUUAAUAAUGUUAAUAAUGACCUCGCCGACAAUGCGAAUCCGACCAAACCAUACAAGGUCCACGAGGAUUGUUUUAAAGCCACACAUUUGUCCAUUGCUACCAAAUUUUGCGCAUCAACUUGUGCUUUAUGUUGCAAAACACCUCAGUUCAGCGGCUGUCCCGAUAGAACGACUACUGUCGCCUCGUCGAACUGCAGAGAUGAAAGAGUCGAUUGCGCUCGUCAUCUACAAUUCUGCCGUGUGCACCCAUUCUCAUCGUAUUAU